GUUCGUGGUGGUUGCAGAAAGAUUUACUCAGAAAGAAGAAAGCGUACCGAGGAGAAUGGCUAUUUUUCCAAAAUACAGGGAUAGGCAUGGGGGAGACCACAGAGCUUAUAAGAGCAAAGUAUGAUCAUGUACCGCAAUGUAACCCAUUCAAGUCCUAAUUUUAUAAACACCUAACCUCUCCUGCUGGGCGCCAAACUUCGAAGUGCGCCUGCGCCAUGCCCUCGGCUGUGUGGUUGCCGGGAUACCGCGACGCCGCGGUCCCCGCCUCUGGGUCUUGUUUGAUAAUGGCCAAAUUCGUGAUCGCGGGUAGAGCAGAUUGUCCAUAUUAUGCUAAAGCAGAACUUCUGGCAGACUAUUUACAAAAGAAUCUUCCUGAUUUUCGGAUACAUAAAAUUACACAACAUCCUGAGGUUUGGGAGGAGUGGCUGAAAGAUGUGUGCGAAAGCAAUAAGUGGAGUCAUAAGAAUUCUCCCAUCAUCUGGAGAGAGCUGUUGGAUCGUGGAGGAAAGGGUUUGCUUCUGGGAGGAUAUAACGAGUUCCUAGAGCACGCCCAGCUUUACUACGGUGUCACCUCUAGCAUGACAACUGAGCUCAUGAUGGUAAUUGCUCAAGAGAACCUGAGGGCACAUAUAGAAAAAGAGCAGGAGAAAGAAGCCCUGAAAGAUCUCAUCAACCCCUUGCAGGUCUGGAUUACCAGUGCAUCUGCUCCCGCCUGCUACAACCUAAUUCCUAUACUGACCAGUGGUGAAGUGUUUGGGAUGCACACGGAAAUUAGCAUAACUCUAUUUGACAACAAGCGGGCGGAAGAACGUCUGGAAGCCCUGGUUAUUGAGACCCGGGAGCUGGCGUCGCCUGUCCUGCGCAGGGUCUCCAUCUGCACGAAGGUGGAGGAGGCCUUCCGCCAGGCCCACGUGGUCAUCGUGCUGGACGACAGCACCGACCAGGAGGUGCACUCUUUGGAGGAAUGCCUCCGAAGCAGGGUGCCACUGUGUAGGCUCUACGGCUACCUGCUUGAGAAAAAUGCGCACGACUCCGUCAGAGUUAUUGUGGGAGGAAAAACCUUUGUGAAUCUGAAAACGGUUUUGCUUAUGAGAUACGCCCCAAGCAUCGCACACAAUAUCAUCGCUGUGGCGCUGGGGGUGGAAGGCGAAGCUAAAGCCCUACUGGCCAGAAAACUGAAAACAACUCCCGCGUACAUCAAAGAUGUAAUAAUUUGGGGCAAUAUCAGUGGAAAUAACUACGUUGAUUUGAGAAAAACAAGGGUUUACAGAUAUGAGAGUGCCAUUUGGGGACCUGUUCAAUAUUCACGCCCUGUUUUAAACUUGAUUUUUGACAGUGACUGGAUAAAAAGAGAAUCUGUGGCAAUUCUUAGAAACUUGACUGCCACAGGAAAACAAUUUGGAGGCAUUUUGGCUGCACAUAGUAUAUCCACCACACUGAAAUACUGGUACCAUGGCUCACCACCUGGGGAGAUUGUAUCUUUAGGAGUACUGAGUGAAGGCCAGUUUGGUAUUCCAGAAGGGAUUGUCUUUUCUAUGCCUGUGAAAUUUGAGAGUGGAACUUGGGUGGUUCUUACAGAUCUCAAAGAUGUAGAAAUAAGUGAAAAAAUAAUGACCAGAAUGACGAGCGAUCUAAUUCAGGAGAAACUUGUUGCACUUGGAGACGUGAUAAAUUUUCAGCCAUACAAAUCAGAAACUGAGCUAGCCAAAAGAAAUGAAAAGAUAUCCUUACCCACUACAGAUGACAACCAAGAAGAAAAUGUCCCAGAUGGACGUAAAAAUAGCAUUUAUUCUGAUACAGUGAUAGAUGAAGAAAAAGAUCUAGUGAUGUCAAAUGUGGAGUUUUCAGAUACAACCCCUCAAACCACGUCUGAAAAGCCACUGAAUUAA